AUGUCGGGCCUCGAGAAGGCCCUAUUUAACCUCAAGUUUACCUCCAAACAACUCAAUAGACAGGCCGCAAAAGCCGACAAAGAUGCCCGAACCGAACAAGCGAAAAUCAAGAAAGCUCUGACACAAACACCUCCUCAACCACAAAUCGCGAAGCUAUAUGCCACGAAUAGCGUCCGCAACCAACAACAGCGCAUUCAACUCCUUACACUGGCGGCCCGUAUCGACGCCGUUGCUGCACGCGUUCAGACGGCGAUCACUAUGCGUACCGUGACUGGGUCGAUGGCGCAAACUGUACGAGGCAUGGACAUUGCAUUAAAGAGCAUGGACCUCGAGAAGAUAGGUGCGGUUAUGGAGAAGUUCGAAUCUCAAUUUGAAGAUCUGGAUGUGGUGAGUGGCUAUUACGAGAAUGUCGCAGGUGGUGUGGAGAGCCAGCAGGUUGGUGUGGAGGGACACGGUGAGGUAGACGCGUUGAUGGCAAGAGUAGCGGACGAAGCUGGUGUGGAGCUGAAUCAAGAAUUACAGAGUGGGAAGUUACCAGAGCCAGAGGUACCGACAGAGCAAGAAAGGGAAGCUGGUCUCGGAGACCGUCUGAGGGCUUUGAGGGCUUCUUAG